AUGGGUCUUUCACAAUCCAACAUUGUAUAAGUUGGACUCGCGUUUCUCUUACAAGUUUGCAACGGUGAACUUGACUACUACUGCAGAAACCAACCUUCCCCAUACCCGGCGGUUCUGCAAGAAAUCAGGUUUGAGGAGGAUCACGCUCUAUUCCAAGGUCUAAUCAAUCACCACUUCUCAUCCUUGCCAGCCUCCUGUCCCUAUCUCUCUGCGAGUAAUUUCAACAAACACCUUGUGGGCUAUAGUCUAAACAGAGCAGAGAGCAGUCACAGGAAGAAAAGAAAAGAUGUUCACAAUAAACCCACCGACAAUCUCCUCUUCUCCUUCCAUUUCCAAAGUCCUCAAAAUCCCAAAUCCUAAAACUCUCCCCUUCCAAUCCACUUUCCUCACCCCAACGAGAAACCAACCCACCCCUCGGAUUCUCACUGCUCCACUCGUCAAAUCAUCACUUUCAACUACAGAAUCAGCAACAACUCCAACAUCCACUAUUCCACCUCCAUCUCAAACUCCAGCUCACAUCCGAGUCGAUAUCCUCUCAGAAUCCCUCCCAUUCAUUCAAAAAUUCCGAGGCAAAACCAUUGUCGUCAAAUACGGAGGUGCAGCAAUGAAAUCCCAAUCCCUCCAAGCCUCAGUCAUCAACGACCUUGUCCUUCUCUCCUGCGUCGGCCUCCGCCCUGUCUUCGUCCAUGGUGGAGGCCCUGAAAUCAACUCCUGGCUCGGCAAACUCGGCCUCCAACCCAAUUUCCUCAAUGGUCUCCGGGUCACUGACUCGUCCACCAUGGAAAUCGUUGAAAUGGUCCUUGUGGGCAAAGUCAAUAAGCACUUAGUUUCCCUCAUCAACAAGGCCGGUGCCACCGCCGUUGGCCUAUCGGGCAAAGACGGCCGCCUUUUGAUGGCUCGACCGAAUGCCAAAUCAGCCGAGCUUGGGUUUGUUGGUGAUAUCGCCCGGGUGGACCCCUCCAUCCUCCGGCCACUUAUUGCCAAUGAUCACAUACCCGUUAUUGCCUCUGUUGCCGCUGACAAUGACGGGCAGGCGUAUAACAUUAAUGCUGACACAGUGGCCGGGGAAUUGGCAGCAGCGCUGGGGGCAGAGAAGCUGAUUCUGUUGACUGAUGUUGCUGGAAUUUUGGAAGAUAAGGAGAAUCCGAAGAGUCUGGUGAAGGAGAUUGAUAUCAAAGGAGUGAAGAGGAUGGUGGAAGAGGGGAAGAUUGCUGGUGGGAUGAUUCCAAAGGUGAACUGUUGUGUUAGGUCACUGGCGCAGGGAGUGAAGACAGCGAGUAUCAUCGAUGGUCGAAAACCACAUUCUUUGCUUCUCGAGAUCCUAACGGAUGAAGGAGCUGGAACGAUGAUCACCGGUUAAUGUGAGGGCUACUAAUCAAAUCGUGACAGAGAAGUGCAAGAGUGUAAUGAGGUCGUUGUGGUGUUUGUAUUAGUAUUUUCUUCCUUUUUUGGGUGGAAAAUAAUGUUAUGUCAACUUUCUAUUUAAGGAGUGUCUGAUCUGUUUGUCCUGCCUUUCAAA